AUGUACCCACCUUACUACUAGUCAUUCUGUGUUUAACAGUACGCGCGUAUUUCGCGGCUAUCAUCGAAUUUAGCCGACGUUAACCGAUGUUUAACGAAGCUUGUGAGUUCCGUGUGUGUUAAGUGUUCGUUGGUGUUCAGUUGGUGCGCCUCGACUGGGCAAAAUCGCGUAAAAUGGAAACAGAAUUUCGUUGUGAGGUUGAGGUUGGCCGUUGAAAAAAGUGAACAUGGGAAGGUCCAAGUUUCCCGGGAAGCCGCCAAAGACGGUCACCAGGAAACGGAUCAAAGUUCUCGGUCAACCCGAGACAGCCCAAAGCGAUUCGGUAACCGUCGCCGAGAACAUCUACUACGGACUUUCCCUGUUCAACGAAACAUUUGGUGACAAUGAAAAGGAACAUCCACCAUUCCAUGGCUUUAGCACUAAAGAAGCUAAUCUUUCCGUGUCUUACAUAAAAACGCAACAACAUGACACAGAAAAUACAACUGUUAAAUCACCAUCUGAUGCUAUUGAUAGUUCUGUGCCACAGCAGAAUGUACAGACUGUCGCAGAUAUUAAAAGUCCUCCAUCGCAUACUGAAAAUAAUACAGAAAAAUUAUGUGAUAAAAAUAUCAAACUGGCAGAAGAUGAUAAAAAAGAUGUGACUGCGUUAAAUUCCAAACGUACUACUAAAUUUCACAGACCCAAGAGUCGUAGAGCUUGUAAAAAUAUAAAAUUUUCCAAUUUUAUGAAAACACCAGUAUUAAAAUCAGUAAAUAAUAUCUUAGAUCAGCAUCAACGAACGAGACAACUACGUAACAGUACUGCAAAAAGAUUAUUACAGAGGGCAAAAUCUAACAGUAACAAUGUGCGCAAUAUGACGGCACAAUGUGGAGAUAAACCGAAUGCAGUAAGGAAAUUUAUUUUACCGGUUCGAAGUGCCCAUUCGUCAAGAGUUAUUAAACCAAAUAAAAGAUUUAUCGAAGAAUUAGAAGAAACUCCUGGAGCAGAACAUAGUGAGAACGAAAUUGGUACGCACGUAAAGAAAGCUAAAAUUGCAUUAAAUAAACAUUGUAAUCAAGAACCAAAAUUAAAAGACGGAAAUAUUACUAAACUCUACACAAAAUUAAAAGAUAAAGAAACAAAAAGUAAAGCCAAAAAGGUAAUUCAGCGUGUAAAUUCCAAUGCCCAAACUCUUGUACAACCUGUAAAGAAUCUUGAAAAAUUAGCACCUUCUAUACAAGACACACAAUUAACAAAAACUGUUAAUACAGAAGUUAAAAAGAUUAAUUUAUCAGCUAAAAACAAAAUGGUAAAGUGUUCAACCGAUGAAUGCAAUAGUGUUCAAGAUGGUGUAUCAAAUGUAACCAGAAAAGCUCCAAAUGCAAAAUUAAAUAUCUCUAAAAAUCAAAAAUUAAUUUCUGUUCCUACGAAAGUUCUUCCUGAUUCUGAUGUUCCAAGUUCAGAGUCUUCCAGGAUUCAAACUAGAUCAGGAACUCAAAAUGAUACAGUUGAUUUAGAAGUUCAGACAACUUUUGAAGAUUCAGCAAAAAUGAAAGAAAAUAAUAGCGCAAAGGGUCGAAGCAAUGUUGAUAGCAGCAAUAAAAAUGCAGAGAGAAAUUCAGAUAAUUUUGAUACGGAAAGCACAUUAUCUGAAAGUGGAAGCGAACAUAGUAAUCAUACAGAAGACGAACAGUCUGAAUGGACUGGGAUGAAACUAAACGGUGGGAAAGUUAUUUUAAGAAAAGCAAGGCUAAAACUGGAUAAUAAAUGUGUCAGUGGAACUGAAGGUCCCUUUUCAAUGACAAAUAGCAACAGUGUUACAAGUGGAAAUACUAAUUUAGGCUUAACAGGUACCAUCAAAUGUGGGGUUUGUGGUGCUGUACGGUUCUAUCGAUUUGUGAAACAAGCUCGAAAAUUCGGUAUUCACAGUUGUGAAUCAUGUAGAAAGUUUAUCAGUAAAAUGAUUAAACGACAGGCUUGUGCAAAAUCUACAAAUAGUACACUUCCAGUCCUUCAAUGUCAUAAAGGCGAUGGUUUAUGCUUAGUACCACCUGUUGUAAGAAGUCAGCAAUGGAAUCUCAUGAGAUGUGUUUAUAAAGCUAGAUGCCCAGCUUGUUGGUUAAAAAUGUGCUUGAAAUGUUACAACAUUCCUUCUUCUUUGAGAACAGGCUUAAAUACAUUGUUACCGCCAAUGAUGAGAGAUCCUUUGAAUAUUCCAUUAAUAUUGAAUCAAGAAGAUAAUGAUAAUCAAGGGCAAAAAUUAAUAUCUUCUAAGUUAGGUUGGCCUGCGGAAGAUAGUUCAGAGAAAAAUCUGUUCAAAUCAGCUAUGAAUUGGAGAAACAUAGAAAUAGGUCAAAAGACAAGCUAUCAAGGAACUGGUGGUUUUCUAUAUACAAAGUUAGAUAAGUUUGACUCAUCACUGAAUAUAUCGCCUAAUAAAAAAAGAAGAAAAAACAAUAGGAUAAAAGUGAGGAAGAAAUUGAAGAAUCCAAUGUUCUCCGUACCACCUUUAAAUCAAUGUCCACAACCUUUGAGACAGAGACUCGAAUUGAAAGGACCAAGAGUGAAACAUGUUUGCCGAAGUGCAAGCGUGGCUCUUGGUCAACCAAUUGCAACUUUCCCCUCUGUAGAUGGAAAAGAAGAUACUGAAAGCAAUAAGCACAUUCCGAAAAAUUUAAAGGAAAAUGAUAGGGUAGAGAAAAAGGAUGACACAAAAGAAAAAGAGUCACAAAAACAUAACGAUGAGAAUACUGUAAACCAUAAUACUGUCAAUGCAACGCAGCAACCUCAUCCAAAAAGAGGCAAAUCACAACAAAAUAUAUCAACGUCAAAUUUUCAAGUAGUGCCUAAAACGAAUAAUGAUGCAUUACACACAAUAUCGAUAGAUUUUUGGGAACAGUACGAUCCUACUGAAGUUGGUGCAAAAGGCUUUGCCCUUAUAGGUUCAGAACUCUUUCAGAUUCCUGCUAUUUGUUACCUUUGUGGAAGUGCUGGCAGAGAACCACUCAUCCACUGUCAGUGCUGUUGUGAGCCAUAUCAUGCCUUUUGUUUGGAACCCAGCGAAUGGAAUGCUUGUGCUCAACCAAAUUGGUGCUGUCCUCGAUGUACAAUAUGCCAAUCCUGCCAUCUAAGAUCUGGUCCAAAAUUGUCUUGCAUUCGUUGUCGUCAAUCAUUUCACCAUUCGUGUUUGUCAAAAUCUGGUGUUAGUGCGAGACUUUACAGUCCUGAAAGACCUUAUGUGUGUCAAAAUUGUGUUAAGUGUAAAAGCUGUGGUAGUGAAGGAGUUAAUGUCCAUGUGGGCAAUUUACCAUUAUGCUCCAUGUGUUUUAAAUUACGUCAACAAGGAAAUUACUGUCCUCUAUGUCAAAGAUGUUACAACGAAAAUGAUUUCGAUACAAAGAUGAUGGAAUGUAGCGAAUGUUCGUAUUGGGUACAUGCCUAUUGCGAAGGAAUUUCUGACGAGCGUUAUCAAAUUCUUAGUUAUCUACCCGAUACUAUUGAAUUUACAUGCAGUCAAUGUUCUUCAAAUCCUAAUUCUGUUUGGAGAAAUGCCAUAGAAGCUGAACUUAAGGCUGGUUUCAUAGGAGUUAUAAAAGCGUUAAGUAAAAAUAAGAAGAUUUGCGCUGCUUUGAAAUGGAGUCCAAGAAAAGAAUGUUUAUGCAUAUCUGUUUCUAAUGGGAAAAAAUUGGACUUUUCAAAUGAGAAAACAGAUUCAAAUAUAACCAAUGUUAGAGAAGGCCUGUACGUAGAAGAAGCUGAAGAAAGUAAUUGUGAAAAGACUAAAAAUACAGAAUUUGGACAUAAUAAUAAUAAUUCAAAAUCUGAUUCGAUAAAUAAAUUGGACGAAGAUCAACCAAGCGAUAGCUGUAACAGAAGAGGUUUAAGACGUCUUCGGCAAAAAUUUCAUUUAAAAGAGUGUUCUGUUCGGGUAAAGAAUUGCGCUGUGAAAGAUACUCAAGACAAUGAUAAGAAAGAUUCGGUAACUCAAGAAAAUACAAAUAGUAAUUCUAACGAUACAGAAUGUCAUUGUUCAGAGCAGCAAAUCAUUGUCAGACCUUCGCCUACACUAAUGUCGGUGAAACGAAAAGUCAAUAACAAUGAAUAUAAAACGCUGUUACAGUUUCAUUGUGAUAUGGAACAUGUCAUAAGUCGUACUGGAACGAAGGAUCUUACAGAAGCUUAUCACGAAAUUUUACAAGAUGUGUUCCCAUGGUUUAGUCCGAAAAGUAUAAAAAAUAAUAAUGGCAAAGGCGAUCCGUUAACAGCUACUAAAGAUAUUGGUAAAGACGAUAGUCCAGUUACAAAAUUUGAUGAUUCUAUUCUGGAAGUAUGGAAAGAAGAGGUGAUCAAAGCACCAAAAGCAAUCGCAGCUAAAACAGCAAAUUUAUAUAACGUUCAUGUCGAAGAUAGUAGAUCAUGUUGUUUGUGCAAAGGUUUAAGCGAUGGUCCAGAAACGAAAGAAGGACGGCUACUAUAUUGCGGGCAAAACGAGUGGGUACAUUCGAAUUGCGCGCUUUGGUCUAAUGAAGUAUUUGAAGAAAUCGAUGGUUCUUUACAAAAUGUUCAUAGUGCUAUUUCAAGAGGUCGAUUAAUUCGUUGCACAGAAUGUGGAAAGAAAGGGGCCAGCGUUGGCUGUUGCGCGAAGAAUUGCAACAGUACCUUCCAUUAUCCUUGUGCUAGAAACGUUGGUCUUGCCUUUAACGACGAUAAAACAGUAUUUUGUUCUUCGCAUUUAAAUAACUGUACGCAUAAAACAUUGCAAAAUGAGAAUGAAUUUAGUUUACAAAGACCAGUAUACGUAGAAUUGGAUCGUAAGAAGAAAAAAUACGCGGAACCAAGUAAAGUGAAAGUUAUGAUAGGCUCAUUGAUGAUCGAUUGUUUAGGUACAGUUAUACCUGAAUACUCCGAUACAAUUGAAAGAAUUAUACCUUGUGAUUAUAAAUGUUCUCGGUUAUAUUGGUCUACGGUAAACCCAUUUAAAAUUGUAAGAUAUUAUAUUAGAACGUACGUGCAGAUGUAUGUACCAGAGGUUUCUUCCAAUUUAGAAAAUAAUAUAACUAUUGAUCAUUCUAAAGAACAAGAAGAAGAAGAUACAUUAAAUACACAGAAAAGUGAAUAUUUAGCUGUAAAACAAACUCUAGAUGCUUUGAUCGAUGCAGUUUGUAACAAAGAAGUGGAUGAAAAUCUGGCAGAACAAAAUAAUACAGAUCUUUUACCUCCAGAAUUGAAAGAAGCUAUAUUCGAAGAUUUGCCACAUGAUUUAUUAGAUGGUAUUUCCAUGCAAGAUAUAUUUCCAAAAAUGACGUACGAAGAUUUUAUAGCAAUGGAUUUGAAAAAUGAUGGGACCUUCGCGGCAGAUCUAUUCAAGGAUGAUAUGCUGGCAUCCGAAGUAGACGAAAUGAUAAAGCCAUCCGAAAGUAAAGUUUCAAAGAUAGAUCCUUCUUUAGUAGAAUUAGGAUCGCAUAACGAUUUAUGGGUUCAUUUGGAAACGAAAACGUCCGUUCAAGAUCUAAUGGACGAUUUGUUUAGUUCAAAAAAUCAAAAACGCGGGGGCAGAGAACUGAAGCGAUCUAAAUCGGAAGUAAUAUCGAAUAGCCCGUUAAUCGUUGGAGGACAAAGGCACCAUCAACGAUCUUGCAGUUUAACGUGGAGUUGUAAAUUAGAUGGUACUUACGGUCCCAGCAUAAAACGAAGGAAAUUGUCUAGGAAUUCAAGCAUGACGAAAUCAAACGAGACAAGCGUGAUGGUAUUAGAUUCGCAAAACGAACGACCGCCUACUUUGCACGAGUUAAGGAUUCCAGACAGUAUCAUGGUUACUGUAGGCAGAGCAAAUACACCUAAUAUUUUAUCCGAUUCUAUGCGAGAAUUAAAGUAUUGCAUCGAGGAUGCUACCAGUGGUAUUAAUCGUAGAGUAAUAUCCAGUAGUCGCGAGGAAGGUAAAGAGCAUAAACGGUUGUUUUGGCAUGCGAGGCAACAACCGCGAAUAUUACAAGUCGACGGCCCUGCCGAUCCAGGCAGCGCCAGUGAAUGCAGUUCACCGGAGUAUAAUAUAGAAGAAAAGAGUACGGCAUUACGCGUGGCAGAACAUUUAUCGAUUCCGCAAUUAGACGGCAUCAACGACGAAUCGUCGUGCGACAGCAGCGAAAUUACUUCGUCUAGCGAGAAGGACUGCUGCAACUCUUAUUAUACAAAGUCUUCGAAUAAUAUUUUACGAUCAAAGCGUAUAUAUGGAUUUAUUAGAUCGCACAUUGGGAAAUACGAGGAUAAAGCACAAAAAACGAAAGGAGGUGACGGCCUUUCCGGCAAUUUUCAACAAAGAUCGAACGCAGCGCAACAAACAAAUCCGCGGGAGAAUAAUUUGAAAUUGAAUCUGAAAAUUCCACAGUUAGACGGUGCCGAUGAUAUUUCCAGCGACGACGAGUGCGUAUCACCGCAACACAUUGAAAAUGAGACGACUACCAUUACAUCUCGAUGCGAUGCACCAUUUGAUCACAUAGAUCGCCCUGUAACUUGUAAACGAUGCCGCUGUACAUAUAGAACGCAAGAUAGUUACAAUAGACACUUGGCAAAUUGUGAUAUCAUGAUAACGAGCGACAGCGAUUCCGAAACUAUGGAUAAUAAGUUAGCAUCGCCUGAUUCUAGAUUUUCUCCGAGUAUCGGAUCUGUAUCUCCUCAAUUUAUAACGUUGUCUCCGUCUGAGGGGCAUACACUUUCAUCCGACUAUCCAGAUAUCCAAGCUACUUCGCCUUUGGAAGCUUCCGUACCAUCGCCUCAUCCGGCUAUUCAAAUCGAGCCGAUAGCACAAGCGAUUAUCACGCCGCAAAUUCAUACGCACGCUACCGUCGAAACCGUUCAUCAAACGGUACUAACAUCAAACGAUAUGAUCGUACAAACGCAGUAUACUAGAACUACAACUACGUUACCGAAUGCCACGGUGUUACCUCAAGAAAGUACUGUUCAAAUAACAGAAAUCACAGAUCCCCCAUCUGUCGCAAGCGAUUCCAGUAUGUCGCAAAAUAUCAUCAAUACUCCUAUGAAUUCUCCAGAUGGUGCAAGUUCCCAAACGGUUCCAAGUCCACAAAUAUCGCCUACGUUUUCUUCCACCGGCGUACAAACUGCGUCUUCGACCGAAUCGUCGCAAGGGAACAGUAUUCAGAUAACGAAGUUGGCUAAAUCAAAAUCUCCCAGAGCGCCAAAGUCUCGGACGAAAGGAAUCAAAACGCAAAUCGUGAAAAAUAGUAUACAGCCGCACAACAAUGGACAUGCUAGAUUUCAACCGAUGCAGAACAAUACUCCGAUUAUACAGUUGCAACAAGCUCAAAGACCGAGUGGGCCAACUGUCAUAUUGCAACAGGCAUCUCCUGGCAUCAUGUCCGCGUACGUUGAAACAUUGCAACAACAGUCUGGACAAAACCUUCAGUACGUAACGACGAUCGGUGGUCAGCAUGAAACUGCUGCAGCGUUUAAACCUCAGUUCAUAACAGCUAAUCAUUUAAUUCCUGGUGCAUACAUACAAGCAUCUUCCGACAACUUGUUGGCAUUGCAAAACGGGGGUAUAUCGAUAUUGCCAGGUGUACAGAUCGCUCAAACACAGCCAACGGUCCUUGGAACGAUUAUACAGCAACAACCUAGUGCGAUUCAAUGUGGAGUUAUUUCGUCGGAACAGUUAUUAUUGAGCUCGACACCAACGCUAGAAAUGUUUACAGAUUCAACGGGCAGUAUGUUUCUGUCGAACCAGCCGAUGUAUUACGGUUUGGAGACUAUCGUAAGCAACACGGUGAUGUCUUCCAGUCAGUUCAUGACUGGCACGGUACCGCAAGUAUUGGCAAGCAGUUACCAAACGACAACGCAAGUUUUUCAAGCUUCUAAACUGAUGGAACCUAUCGUAGAUGUUCAGGCUGUCCCAGGUGUUCCCACUGUGACGGCAGUGCAGUCCGUACAAAACGUAUCCGGAGUACCAAGCGUACCAAACGUUGCUAAUGUAUCCAACGUAACCAAUAUAACCAGCAUACCUAAUGUACCUAGCGUAACGAAUGUACCUAAUGUUCCGACUGUCCCCGCUAUACCGACUAUACCCACUGUAACCACUGUACCCACUGUAUCCAAUGUCUCUAACGUAUCUAAUAUGCCAAGCAUAACAAAUAUACCGAAUGUGUCCAAUGUACCUACGGUACCUAGCGUGUCUAACGUGCCUAGCGUACCUAGCGUACCUAGCGUACCUAGUGUACCUAGCGUGGCCAGCGUGCACAACGUACACAGCGUGCCUAGCGUUCCUAGUGUACCUAGUACAAUACCCGGUGCAUCUAAUACACCUAGCAUACCUAACGUACCUAACGCAUCCAGUAUGCCUAGCGUGCCUAACGUAUCGAACGUACCUAGUAUAUCUGGUAUACCUACCAACUUACCUACCAACGUAUCCAGCGUACCCGGUGUAUCUAGUAUACCUAACGCAUCUAACGUAUCUAAUAUACUUAAUCCAGCACCUACUUUGUCCAGUACUUCUAACAUUACUAACAUACCGUCUGUACCUACCGUUCAAAAUGUAUCUAACGUUUCAACCUUACCAUCCAAAGUUGGCAAUAUUUCCGAUAUGUCUACGGUACCCGGUGGUUACGUGGUAGUAAAUCAAUCGACCACGCCUAUAGUAGAAUCGUCUAUCGCAACAUCACAGAUUCAUAUUCCAGCGACACCCGAGCAAAAUUUUCCAACGGCCACUUGUAACACCAUGUUGCCUGUAUCUUGUCAAAGCGUCGUAGAACCAGUAACAUCGAUAGAGCUAUCGUCAGAUACGUGUGCAUCGGAAGCUCAAGCCGCGGUAAGAGUGACAUCGUCUCCAAAGUUGUUGCAAAACUCAAUACCGACGAUACCGAGAGUAGCUGUACGGCCAAGUCCAGUUUCAAACUCCGUUGUACAACCUAACAACGGACCAUGGAAGAUCACAGAACCGUUGUUUGGCUCGGAACAGAUGAUGAACAAUAAUGUCCGACCGUACUUCGACUCGAAACACGUGUCAGAGAAUACCAGUAUGAUAAAGUCUAGCAUAUCAUCUAAAAUACCCCCAUUACCUAAUCACUGUAUAACUCAAAGGGAUAUCAUUGUAAAUAAGUUAAACCACGAUGUAAAUAAUGUGCAUAAUAAUUAUAAUAGUACCGUACCGAAUUCAAACAAUAUUAAUGUAAGUACAAGUAAUAAUCCAGUGAUUGCGAGCUCGACUGUACAAAAUAAAAUUACAAUGUCUACGAGCAACGUACCAACGAGUAGGCCGAUGAACAGAGUGCUGCCUAUGCAAGCCGUGACUCCGAAACAGGAUACGACCAAGAGCAUGCAGAAAACAGAAAUGAUCAUAGAAGAGCCAACGAAACCGGUAAUUAAGCCAGCAGAACCGGAACAGAAGCUUGGAACGGAGUCUGAUAAGAAACAGAUAGUGGAAGCUGUGACGCCAACGGUGAAGAAACCAGCAGAGACCACUAUAAACAACAUAAACGAAACGCUGAAAUUGAACACCGAAACGAUCGAGAAGGUGAAGGAAAAUCUGAAAUUGGAACUGGACAAAGAGAAACUGCAGAACGCCUCGUUGAAGAUAGUACUGCAGAAGCAGCUGCAAGAUGGUUCUUACAAAAUUACACAUAACAUGAAAGCAGUGACGCAGAAUAAGAAACCACCGCAAGUGACGUCCGUGGAGAUAUUGCCGUCGAAACAGGUGCCGCAGAUAACCUCUUUGCAAUUGUUACCGAUAAAAACGUUCACAUUGAAGACGAACAAGAUCGAGGAGAAGGUAAAACCUAUCGAUAACCAGUUUAACAUACUGAAAACCAAAACUCCACCAGUUGCCGUGAAAAAGCCAAGAAUGAUCAGUAAGUCGAUCAAAUCUGUACAGCCGAACGUAGGAAAUAUGCAGACGCAGAAAUCGAAAGGACCGACAUUGAUGUACGAGAUAAAGUCGCAGGAUGGAUUCACUCAUACCGCCUCCUCCAUGGCCGAAGUAUGGGAAACCGUGUUUCAAGCUGUGCAAAAUGCACGAAAGGCUCACAAUUUACCUCCGUUGCCUCAUAACCCUCUCACCGAAAAUCUGGGCUUGGAAAAUAACGCCACCGUCUACCUGGUCGAACAGCUACCAGACGUGAACAGAUGUACCAAAUACAAACCUCGAUUUCAUAAUUUAGCACCGCCAAAACCGGGAGAAACGGAAAAUGACUUACCGAAUGCGUGUGUUAAUGGUGCUGCUCGUGCGGAACCGUUCAAAGGGAGAAAAGUUCAUGAUAUGUUCAGUUGGCUCGCGUCAAGGCACAGGCAGCAACCAAAAAUGAUCGCUAUCUCCGAAGCUGAGUCCAGACGAGUGGCAAGCACAAAUUUACCAAUGGCGAUGCGCUUUAGGAUACUUAAAGAAACGUCGAAAGAAUCGGUUGGAGUAUACCAUUCUCACAUACAUGGUAGAGGUUUAUUCUGCCUAAGAGACAUCGAAGCUGGAGAGAUGGUUAUCGAGUAUGCUGGUGAGGUGAUUCGUGCCUCGUUAACUGACAAACGAGAAAAAUAUUAUGAUAGUAAAAACAUAGGAUGUUACAUGUUUAAAAUCGACGAUCACCUAGUCGUUGAUGCCACGAUGAAAGGAAAUGCGGCAAGAUUCAUUAAUCACUCGUGCGAGCCAAAUUGUUACUCGCGAGUGGUAGACAUCCUAGGUAAGAAGCAUAUAUUAAUCUUCGCUCUCCGUCGCAUUAUUCAAGGAGAAGAGCUAACGUAUGACUACAAAUUUCCUUUCGAGGAUAUCAAGAUUCCAUGUACCUGCGGUUCCCGCAGAUGUCGUAAAUACCUCAAUUGAGACUGCAUAUACAGCUAUCGUAAGCAGCCAACCGUAAGCGGCACAGCAAAAAAUAUUGUGCUAUAAUUAUGUGCGCUUUGGAAUAGGAUUCAUUUUAUUGAACGUUAUUCAUUUAAUCAUCAAACUAUUUUCAGAGAUUGCAG